AUAUCUUUCAAAGGUCAUCAGCGGUGACCUCUUAGUAUAUGGUUUAGUUUCAAGGAAAUCUCUGGAGAUAACACUGCAAGACGUAAUGCGUUAACUAUGAAAAAAGUUUGAUAAAUCUCAGUGGCAAAUAUAUAAACUGUUAUUCACACAUUCCACAUCAGUUUACUCAUACUGCGUCUUAAACGCUUCUAGAAAUCAUGAGAUUUAAAUCCUUUUUGCUUUUACUUUUUUGCGUGUUUUUUAUAAUUGAUGGUAUUAGUGCAAGAUGGACAUCUUUUGGGAGAUCAAGAAGUGGCGGAAGUAGUUCACACAGAUCGUCUAACAGUGGAGGUGGUUGGCACAGAUCACCUAGCAAUGGAGGUAGUUCACACACAACAUCUUAUGGAUCAUCUUCUGGUAGUCAUGGAUCUGGAUCCAGUCACACGCCAUCUUCUUCACACACAUCUACAGGUUCUAGGCCUAUCGGAUUUGGAACCUCGACGAGAGUAAACUCCGCCCCUCACUCAGGAGGAAGUUCAUUUGGAACAGCAACGCAAGGCCAUAGUAAAGAUGUUAACACAAAUUUCUUACACAGCGAAGGUGGUGGAGCGACACGACCCUCACAAGCAAAACCUGCCAAACCUUCGUUUGGAACAUCGCAUCCAUACCCAAUAACUCCAACGAUUGGGUCAAACUAUCCUUCACAUACAGGGGGAAAGCCAGGGUUUAUAACUGAAAGUAAACAAACUUCACCUGCUCUUCAAUCAUCCGUAAAUCAAGGUAGUAAUGUACCCUAUCCACCGGGACAUUCAACCACGGGUCAAACAAAUCCUCCAUGGAGUAAUCCCUACUUAGGCACUAACAAUCGACCAAGUGCACCUAGUCAAACUGUACCGGGUCAAACGAAUCCUCCAUGGAGUAAUCCAUAUGGAAAUGGUAGUCCGUCGAUUAGUAAUGUACCCUAUCCACCGGGACAUUCAACCACGGGUCAAACAAAUCCUCCAUGGAGUAAUCCCUACUUAGGCACUAACAAUCGACCAAGUGCACCUAGUCAAACUGUACCAGGUCAAACGAAUCCUUCAUGGAGUAAUUCCUAUCCAAAUGCUAAUCGACCAGCUAUGCCAGGUUUACAACCAUCUCCAAUUGGAUUCAAAGAUCACGUUUACCCACAGAAUUAUCCGACAUCUAUGAGCUCUCAGUUUAGUCAACCACCUAUCGGGGGCCAUUCUUAUCCUACUGGGAAUUAUCACUCGAUUGGUAUGCCAAUGGGAAAUCCUUACUCUUAUCAUCCUCCAGGAGGUGUUCAUAAUGCACCUGGACAAACUUACUAUCCACAACAACAAGUUCUCGCUCAACCUGCAGCACAACCAUUCAUACCUGGCCAAACUGUCAUAAUGGUUCCAGGGCAGCAAGAUUCUGGCAGGGGAUUAGGUCAAAUGGUUAAAGAAGCCCUUGUGUUUUCAACAAUUAAUGCAGGAGUGAACAGGUUAAUAAAUCCUCAUACUCAUACUCAUUAUGUUGAAAGCCGACCGGAGAGCGCAUCAUCAGCACCUACAACUCAUAUUACUUACAAUAAUCAGUAUUUUAAUACUGUACCUGGACAAAAUGGUUCAACAAAUCCGAUAAAUGUACCAGAAGGAAACACUCCUGCUGGUAAUUUUUCGACUGGAGCGUUUACUCCAAAUGUAGGAGGAGGCAAUAAUAUCUCUUCACCGGGAAUUGGAAAUACAUACCAUCCGAGUGUUCCGAAUAGUGAGGUACCUAGUUCAAAUGGAACUGUUAACGGAGGUAGCGGAACUAUUACUGGAACUGGUGCAAUUGGGAAUGUUGUUUCACCUACAACUCAAUCUGAUGCAGCAAGCAAUCAAAGGAAUCAAACGGAUAAUAUUAACAUUGUCGAUAAUACGCUUUACUAUAAGAUUUCUGACGAUGAACUUUAUAAAAUAACAGAAGAUAUUUUCGCAAAAUCACAUAAUAUAUCAAAAUACAUAAGACUAAAUUUGCAAAAUCGUGUUACAUCUACCAACAUAACAGACGAAGCUAUAGAACCACUAUUCGACGUUGAACAAGAGUUGCUGUAUUAUCCUUCAAUUUAUGUAAUGCGAGCUCUAUACGACAAUUACGAGCACGAUUUUCGGCAGAAGUUAAAUCGUACGAUUCAUAUACGCGAGAACGAGAAUCUAUUAAUCGAUACUUUCUUAAAUACGAACGAAAUGGCGAUAGCCAUGCAAUGGUUAGCCGACCAUGGAUUCAUCGAUCCUGACGACUUCGAGAAGAAGGAUGUUCUCCGUCGUAUUUGGUUCACUAUAUUCACCGGAAGUACGUGUGGAUUCGAACGGGUAUUUGCGUCUGAAAACUAUGGUACCGCUAUCAUCGGUGUGCAAGAUUGGAUCUACUUUGAAAAUCAGGAAUCUGCGAAGCGUAUAGAUUACAUGGGCUAUGUAGAUAAAUUGAAGCUUGGAGAUAAGGCCUCAUUGUUGAAAUUAAACUACAAAAUGGAUGGAAUCGAUAGACCAAACGCAACGAUAUUCGUAGGCACUAUGCCCGAGUUGGAGAUGUCCUUGUACACGAUAUGCUUUUUCGCAAGAUCGAACAAUUUAUGCCCAGUUUCUCUAGGAGGUACUAAGUUUAACAUUUAUACGCACUCUUUUACAUAUUUUGGAACCGAAGUUAUAGACCUCGGUCUACCGUUGUUCUAAUGUAGAUUAAUAUAGGAUAAUGUUUAUACUUUGUACCCUAUUCUUAUAGAUACGUAUAAAACGUUUAGUAUAUGUAUAUAGUAUAUCAUAUAUUCUGUAUAAGAUAUCACUGUUAUUAAUGUCAAUAAAAAUAUACAAAAAACGA